AAAGCCCUAUAUGUAUAAAUUUUAUUUAAUUGUUUAAUAAUUUUCUCAUUUUGUGUGCAGUAGUCGAUUAUAAUUGUCAGCAGAAGAUUAAGUUCUGAAAAGUGAUAUUAUUUUAAGCCGCUUUUUUUAAGAAAUUCAUUAACAAGAGAUAAAUCAAACUCUAAUAAAACUCGGGUCAGUUAGUGCAUUUUUAACCAAAAAAAAAAGUAACAAACAAUGGAUGAUACUUGGAAUAAUGUUGAAUUGACUAAUAUGUCAAGACGAAAAUCGUAUACCCUUAAUCAUGAAUAUGAUGCAAAUGCUAAAUUCGCCUACAAUAAUAACAACAAUGAAUGUGUGCCAAAUGAUACGAAACAGGGAGAAACAAUAAAUAAUACAAAUGGUUCAACAAGCUUGCAGCCGGGUUCGGAUAUAAAACCAAAAGUUAACAAUGAAAUUGUUGAAAGUUUAUUACGACGUUUAUAUGGCAUAACUAUUGGUGAAAUGAAGGAAAUGAUUUCGUAUGAUGAUCGUAAUUAUUUAAUUAAGGAAGAUCCAAAUAUGAAAAAUCCCAUAAUAGUAACACAUUGGCCCCAUGGAUAUGUUUUAAAGAUAUCAAAUUCUUUUGAUUCUAAAAAACCGGAAAUAUUUGAUGCUCAAAAUCAAUUGAUGCUCUACUUGUCCAAACAACAAGUGCAAUGUCCUCGUCCCAUAGCUAAUGUAAAUGGUAAAUAUUAUUCUUUAGAGUCUAUAAAUGGUGGUGAACAUGUGGUUAGACUUUUAGAGUUUAUACCUGGGCAAAUGUUCCAUCAAGUUCCCAUAACAAAUUAUUUACUUUAUCAAAGUGGUGAAUAUUUAGCAAAAAUUGUCAAAGCUUUAAAGAAUUUCCAACAUGAGGCGUAUGACACUCAUCAGACUACUUGGCAAUUGCAGUCUGUACCAAAGCUCAAAGACUUUUUGUAUGUUCUGCAAGAUCAUGCCCGCAAAGAAAUCAUCGAAGAAAUUAUUCAAACAUUUGAGACCAAAGUUCUAGAAAAAUUAGAUUCAUUCGAAAAGCAAAUUAUACACGGUGAUUUCAAUGAACAAAAUUUAAUUGUUGAGCCUGUCGGUGAAGAAAGCACCAACUUUAAAGUGAAAGGUAUAAUAGAUUUUGGUGAUGCAAGUAAAUCACCUGUUCUAUUUGAGGUGGGCAUUGCUCUCACCUAUAUGUUAUUACAAGCCAAAAAUUUGGAAAGUGGAGGCAUUUUCUUAGCUGGUUUUGAAUCGUUUUAUCCACUAACGAGCGAAACAAAACAAUAUUUGAAAUAUUGUGUGGCAGCACGUUUAGCUCAAAGUCUGGUUAUGGGUUCGUAUACACAUUCCCUAGAUCCAUCUAAUGAAUAUGUUUUAGUAACACAAGAGGAAGGUUGGAAACUAAUCGAACAAUUAUGGAGGCAGCAAUUUGAGCAAAUUGAUGAGAUAUGGAGGACAGCUGCUGACAAAUAUCUAACACAAAGUGUUAAAUAAAUUUAUAUUUGUUGUCAUUUUUUUAAAUUUGUUUUAUGUUUUAUAAAUAAUUAAUUUUUAUAUACCCACACACACAUAUAUUGUGCAAUCAUAUUUAAGCAAAUAACAAUAAGAAUUUUUUGCCUUUUCCUUAACAGUGUCAAUUAUAAAUAUGUGUUAACAACAAUUGUAUAAAUAAAGUAUUACGUCCAAAACAUU